AGGGCAAUUUACCUGAAGUGUUUUCUCCCUAUCCAUCGUUCCUUAAAUCAGACAACCUGGCUGACAGAAAGAUGCCCGGACGACUGGAUUCAUGCACAAAGAUCUUCGUGGGAAAUUUCGAUCCCAAUUCACCGAUUGAUGAAAUCCGCGAUCUAUUCGCGAAGUAUGGAGAGGUCGUGGAGUGUGAUAUCGUCCGAAAUUUCUGCUUCGUGCACAUGGCUAACGAGAAGGAAGCCCACACUGCUAUUGAAGCUCUCAAUGGCUUCACAUUUAACGGUCGUAGGUUGAAUGUUGAAGAGUCCAUCAGCGAAGUACGCCAGAAGCCUGGGAUGGGAGGAUCAGACAAGUGUUUCUUUUGUGGCGAUGGAGGACAUUGGUCUAGAGACUGUCCGAAACGAGGACCAGGUGGCCGUAACCAGACCGGACGCUCCACGAAGAUUUACGUUGGAAAUGUGACUGAAACCACAACUGAAGAGGAACUGCGUGAGAUGUUCGCGAAAUACGGCACCGUUACAGAAUGCGCCAAAGUGAAGAAUUACGCGUUUGUUCACAUGAAGUCAAACGAAGAAGCCGAAAACGCCAUCGAAAAUUUGAAGGGACACACUUUGAACGGUAACACAUUGACGAUCGAAGCUUCGAGCAGCCGGCCCAAAGCCCGGCCUUCGGCGUCCACACCGAUCGAUCGCUACUCUGCGCGAGUUUCGUCGUGGGACGGACUCAGAGGCGCUGAUCGGUCAUCAAUGCUCCGCGGCGCGGAUCCUUACGCGUUGACCACUUCGCUGAGAUCGGCUUACGCACGCGAGCGAUCGGCCCCGUAUCCGUCGUCGGCGUACCUCGGCCGCUAUGAUGACCGGUAUUUGGAUCGCGAGCGGUACGAUAGAAUGCGGGCAGCAAUGGUCGAGAACCUGUACGAUCGGCGGGUCGGUGCGAGGGCGUCCGGGUACGAGCGCUAUGCGGAUCGCUACGACACCUACAGUCGUGAAUAUCUGGCUGCAGCCGCGGCUGCGGCGGCCGCGUCGUCGCCGACCUCGGCCUCGUCGCGGGCUGCGGUGGACUAUUACUCGGCUCGUUCGGCGUAUCCGUCGUCUGCGCUCCCAUCAUCGUCAUCUCGGAGCUACGAUUACUCUGGGCGCUAUUGAGCACGGAUUGUUGCGCGGACGAAACGUAAGUACGCGUUCACGGAGCGGAAGGAGUUGAGAGACGCGGGUUGACGGAAGAUCCAUUUGUUUUAUAAUUUAUCUCUGCGAUUUUUUUUUCUCAAGAUGAAGAGUUUUUUCAGUAUCGUAUAAGAACGUGGAUUCAAGUGAAAUAACCUGUUUUUUCCAGUUAUCUACCUGAGUUCGAACCCGGCAUUCAACGGCGUUUCUCUCAGAUUCGUUUUAUGUUGAAGAUGUGGUCCUUCUUGCAAGCUUUUUCGUAUCCGCGCUAUAAUUGCCGUUUUAAAUGUGGCACUUUUUCUUACGGGCCGGUUGUUUUAUUUGUGGGUGAAAAAUACAAGGAAUCGACUCCAG